CUUAAGGCUCAACCUCUUGCACUGCAGGCUUAGAUAAAAUAUUAUACAACAAAAUGAGCACCUUGCUCAUAAUUCUGUUUUGGGUUUGCUCCUGGCUCUGGGUGAUCUGGCCCUUGCAUCACUUUUGGCUACACUCAAUGGGUUUGGCCAGCUGAUUACAGGGCAUGUUUCCCACCAACAACCACUGCCACAAGUUACCAUCUCUUUAAGCUUCUCUGCAGCAUCCAAGGAGACGCCACCACCCAUUUGAAGACCAGAACCCUUAAAAGUUCCCAUCUUUCUGCAAGUUUACGCAUUAAAUUUAAGGUCCCCAUUGUGAUUUGUGUGAGCUUGAUGAGGUUCAGCCCCAAGGCCUUGUAGUUGUUAGCUAAUGGGAUUUUUUUCCCUGGAAGCUGAUGGUUGAUACAUAUCUCACAUCAGCCCCUUCAGGAAUGACAUUUUACAGGAGCCAUACCCCUGAAGAUUCUGAGCUGAAAUGCCUGUGUGGGCUUCCUGCAAAACUGAGAUUAUCUCAAACCCCAAAAAACCCGUUUAGGUUAUUCUAUAAUUGUCCAAAGGGUGUUUCUGCACAAUGUGAAUUCUUUCGUUGGUGGGAUGAGCCAGCUCCAACGGGCAAUAGGGAGACCGAUGAGCAAAAUCUUAUCCGUCAUGAGUGCAUUCGACUACAAGAAAGCUUAAAUGAAAUCCAACAGGAACUGGAUUGUGAAAGGACUGAAUGGGGUAGGGAAAAAUCAGAGCUAACUUCACAACUAUCAACUGUGCAGUCUGAGCUUGAUGCUCUCAAGAAAAGAAUCAAGAUGGCAAAUGAAUCAGAUCUUAUGCCCCCUCUUGACAAGCCAUCCAUAGCAGAUGAUGAGGAUGAUGAUGCCUUUGUACUGCAUACUGUAUGCUGAGCAUGUACAGAAUUGGUUUGCAUGACAUAUUUUUUGCUUAAAUGCCCAGGUAGUCUCGUAUUGUAAAGUUAUGUGAGAAUAUCAGUUAUGGCCUUGAACAUUUAUGAACCAUCUUAUAUUUUGUAGAAGCUUAUAGCUUUAAUGGUAAAUCUCUUGUGUUCUCGACUAUUAAAA